AGAGGGGCGGAGGUCUCUCAUUUCUGCUAAAUUUAGCUAUGCCUCGUCCAAUUCCAACAACAACCCUUCUCUUCUUCGCCUUCUUCUUCUUCUUCCUCACCCUUCUCUCACCCAUAUCUUCUUCUUCGGUCUCCAUAUCUCUGAGCCCCAAGACCCUCACCAAAUCCGGCGACUCAGUCAGAGUCCAAUGGACAGGCAUAGACUCGCCAUCCAAUCUCGAUUGGCUCGGCAUCUAUUCACCCUCUAAUUCCUCCGACGACAACUUCAUCGGUUACGUCUUCUUGUCUUCCUGCAACGAAUGGAAGUCGAGUUCGUGCUCUGUCGAUCUCCCACUUGUCAAUCUCCGCUCUCCUUACCAGUUCCGUAUCUUCCGAUGGACCGACAACGAGGUGGACCGAUCUCGACUCGAUCAGGACCACAACCCUUUGCCAGGAACGAAGCAUCUGUUGGCGAAAUCAGAGUUGCUGGACUUCGAGAGUGGUCACGGGCCCGAACAGAUUCAUUUGGCGUUCACGGACAAGGAUGACGAGAUGAGGGUUAUGUUUAUAACGGCCGAUGGGAAGCAGAAUCUUGUGAAGUAUGGGGAGAGGGAAGAUGAGUUGGAUGAGGUUGCUGAGACGGAAGUGAGGACGUAUGAGCAGUCGGAUAUGUGUGAUUCGCCGGCGAAUGCGAGUAUUGGAUGGAGGGAUCCUGGGUUUAUUCAUGAUGGGGUUAUGAGGAAUUUGAAGUACGGGAGGAGGUACUAUUACAAGGUUGGAAGUGAUGAACGAGGUUGGAGUUUAACUCACACCUUUAUGUCACAAAACAAAGACUCAGAUGAGACCACUGCUUUCCUAUUUGGAGACCUGGGGACCUCAGCCCCGUACUCAACCUUUCUUCGCACACAAGAGGAAAGCAAGUCAACCAUAAAGUGGAUUAUUCGUGACCUUGAAGCACUCGGCGACAAGCCUGCUUUCAUCUCCCACAUUGGUGAUAUCAGCUAUGCGAGAGGCUAUUCAUGGUUGUGGGACACAUUUUUCACUCAGAUUGAACCUGUUGCUUCUAAGGUCCCAUACCAUGUGUGCAUUGGCAAUCAUGAAUAUGAUUGGCCUUUGCAGCCUUGGAAACCUGACUGGGCUCAGAUGUACGGUACGGAUGGUGGGGGUGAAUGUGGGGUUCCAUAUAGCCUCAAAUUUAACAUGCCUGGAAACUCUUCUGCACCAACUGGGACCCGUGCUCCUGCGACACGAAACCUCUACUACUCAUUUGAUUUGGGGGUUGUGCAUUUUGUUUAUAUGUCCACUGAGACUAAUUUCCUUCCAGGGAGCGAUCAGUAUAACUUUAUCAAGCAUGAUUUGGAAUCUGUUAAUCGGAAGAAAACUCCUUUCGUUGUUGUUCAAGGCCAUCGUCCCAUGUACACUACAAGCUAUGAGUCCAAAGAUUCCCCUUUGAGAGAAAGAUUGGUUGAGCAUUAUGAACCUUUGUUUGUGAAUAACAAGGUGACCCUGGCACUGUGGGGCCAUGUACAUAGGUAUGAGAGGUUCUGUCCACUGAAGAACUUCACCUGUGGGAGCAAGGACCUCAAUGGAGAGGAUUUGCCGGUGCAUGUUGUGAUUGGAAUGGGGGGCCAAGACUGGCAAACAAUCUGGGAGCCUAGGCCAGACCACCUUACGGACCCAGUAUUUCCCCAGCCAGAUUUUUCUUUGUACCGUGGGGGUGAGUUUGGGUACACUAGGAUUCAUGCUACAAGGGAGAAGUUCACACUUUCUUACAUAGGAAACCAUGAUGGAAAGCUCCAUGACAUGGUUGAGAUCCCAGCACCAGGCCGCCGAGUUCUUAGUGGUGGUGGUGGUGGUGGUGAUGGUGGCUACAGUGGUGUUGAGGUGGUGGAGUCUAAAUUUUCAACAUAUGUGAAAGUAGGGAGUGUCUUGGUGCUUGGGGUAUUUAUAGGGUAUGUUGUUGGUUUUGUAUCACAUGCCAGGAGAGAAGCUGCUUCAAGGAAGAGCUGGAUUCCAGUGAAGAGUGAAGAAGCAUGAGAAUCUAAUUGUCUGGUAAUCACUGAAUCUUUGGUGUUGAACUUUCUUGUUUUUCAAAAUUUCCGAGUAGAAAAUUGUAUUGAGUUAAUUCCUCACUUCUUCAGCUGUGUGGAGAAGCUCUUUUAUGUUGGUGGCCAAAGCUGUGAUAGAACUUGUUAAGUUGUACUGUUUUGAGAAGAACACUGUAAAAUAUGUAAAAUGUAAUAUAUAUACCUUCUUUUGACAAGUUUCUAAAGCUAAAUGUGCCUUGCU